AUGCGUAUAGAGCGCUGCUAUUUCUGUUCAUCACCGGUAUAUCCCGGACACGGCAUCCAAUUUGUACGCAACGACUGCAAGAUCUUCAGGUUCUGUCAGUCGAAGUGUCACAAGAACUUCAAACACAAGUGUAAUCCUCGGCGCAAGAGAUGGACGAAAGCCUUCCGCAAAGCCAACAACAAAGAGCUUAAAGUGGAUCCGAGUUUCGAGUUCGAGAAGCGGAGGAAUAUUCCCGUGAAAUAUGACCGCAAACUCUGGACGGAAACCAUCGAAGCCAUGAAACGCGUGGAUAUGAUUCGCCAGAAACGCGAAUCACAUUUCCUGAUGACUCGGCUCCGGAAGGGAACGGUAUUCGAGAGGGAAAGGGAUCNUUCCCGUGAAAUACGACCGCAAACUCUGGACGGAAACCAUCGAAGCCAUGAAACGCGUGGAUAUGAUUCGCCAGAAACGCGAAUCACAUUUCCUGAUGACUCGGCUCCGGAAGGGAACGUGAAGAGAGAUAUGUCGCUCAUUAAGUCACCCGCGGCUGGACUUAAGAGAGAGAAGAGUAAAGGAAAGGUUGUUGUCGUGAGGGAUGAGGAGGAGGAGGACUCGGAUGAAGAGAUGGUCGCAGAGAGCAGUGAAUCGGAAGCAGAAAUGAUUGAGAAUUAG